CUUCUUGGUCAAAGGAUAAGUUCAGCUCUCUCUGCCACAGAGGAAUCUAAAGUCUGGGCUGGAGAUGUGAGUCUGCAGCCUACCCGGCUCACAGAAGGAAUCUACUCUGCCUUGUCUCUGUUUUCUCUGGAGCAACCUGAAGACAGGAGCACGGCCUCAAGGAGACAAUCAUGGAGGUCCGGCCUCAGUACUCUGGGUACUGCUGGAAAGAAACAGGUUUCUAUGGCCAUAUCCCGAGCAACUCAGCAAUGGACACAGUAAGGUUCACCCCUGAUGAGCCCCUGCUCAGAGGCAAAAGGAGGCAAGAUCUCCAAGAGAUGCUGAGAGAGGUAGGACUGCCAGUUGAGUACUGGUUACCCAAGCUGCAGGAACACCUGGGUGUCACCUGUGCCCAGGCCUUACAGCACCUGGAAGAAAAAGACCUCCAGAAGCUGAAAUCCCAGGCACAACAUCCCUGGGAGAAAAGGGCCCUGGAGAAGCUGCUUGACCUGUCACACUCAAAUAGUCUUUCAGAGCUACAGGACUCUCAGGUGGAAAUGAUACAGAAAAAGCAGAAGCAGGCAGAGCAGGCACUGCAGGCACUGCAGGAGCUACGAGACUUGCUGUCUGAGGGGAGGCAGCGACAGGAAGAGGCAGUGAGGAAAAAAGAGGCAGAGCUGAGGGAGGCAAUGGACAUCCCCAAAGAGUACUGGCCACCCCCUGAAAAGUCCCUAAAAGAAGUCAUGGAAAACAUGCAGCGACAACUCAACCUCAUGGAAGGGAUCCUGUCUCAUAGGCAAAACCUGCCAGAUAGAGAUCUGGUGAGAUGGGCAUCUGGAGGGCUGGCCCUGCAGGGAAUUUACAAAACCAGCUACCAACAGGGCCUAAUAGAGAAGAGAGAGGAGCUACUCUGUGUCCCCAAGGAGUUCUCACUCUUUGGCCCUGAGCAGGGUCCACGGAUGGAAACAAAGGAAUUUACAUCUUCUCAAGCAGAAUCUAUGUUCACCCAGACUAUAGAGAAGCUGGGCUUCAGUGUAACUGCCUCAGCCAAGGCAGGAGGUUGGGGAUUUAGCCUGGAAGCUGGUAUGGAUCACAGCAAACAUACAGAAUCCAAGGAGACCCGACAAUCACGUUCUGAGCACUCUUACUUCUGCUCAACCAAGUUCAGCUAUGUCCCGCUGGCCUCCUGCCACUUUCCCAUUGAUCAGCUCCAGUUCUCCAAGGCUGCUCUCCAGGAAUUGAAAUGCAUUGAAGACCUUCUGGGUCAGCUGAAGGCCCAGAAGGACUCUCCUUGCUGAGUGCAGGACGGAGCCUUCUUCUCCAGGUUUGGCUCUCAGCUAACAGGGCCUCUGCACCUGGGAGGAAUCUACUGGUGGAAAGCCAUUUCAGAGGGUUUCCAAAGUGAGCCUGCAGAAGUGAAGCAGCAGUCUGCAGAGGCCCUGGAUAGUUACAUAAGGGGCAGCUACAGUGGCUUUGGAGUGAAAGUUGCUGCAGGUGUAGAUGUGUCAGACUCUCAUUCAAAAGCAACCUCUGAAGCAACCUUCCAAAGUCUCCAAACCAAAGUCCAAUUAUCUGUGGCCCAAGGUGGCCCACCAGAAGCAAAUGGCCUUUUGCAGUGGAAAGUUGGCCUAGUUGCCAGUAAUCAAACCUGGUGUGUCAUUGACCGGGGAUUUCAGCUGGUGCUUUGGGACAUCAUUCUUUCCAGCCACAGAAGUGAUUUUAGACCUCUUCAGGUAGCUAAUUGCCUGAAAGACAGCUAUGCUGCUCUGAGGCUUCCUGCCCAGAUCCAAGAUGGAGAAGUAUUACUGAAUGUUGGCAAGGAGGCUAGUUUUCCUAGAGGAGGUGAAUCCUGGGAGGUAUCUGAUCCUGAAGAGCAGCUUAAAAUACUGAUAAAUUUCAUGCAAAUGUUGAGUCAAAAAAUAAAAAGCUAUGACACUUGGAUUAACAUAUGCCUCAAGAUUGGGCUUCAGAAUUUUCUGGUAAACCUUGUCAACUUUUACAAAAAGUCCUCCGUUCCUAACACUACAUUUAUUAAAUCUCAGUUGCGCACCCUUCUGGACCCUCACAUCUACAGAGUGACAAACUUUCCUCAGGCUCAUUCCAUCAUGCAGUGGAUCUUCCAAUCAGAGUCAGAGCAAGAGCAUAUCAACAUCUCCCAAUUUUCUAAUUCAUUAAAUCUUAAAAGAAACACAGAACGACUUCAGGGAGUGAAGGCCAAAUCUGAGUCCCCAGAAACAGUGGAGGAAGCUCAAAGGAAAGCCACUUAUGAGGUCAGCUUGCAUCUUGGCUGCUUCUUGAAUCACCUCCAAGAGCAAGAGCAGCCAUACACACAGCUCUUGCUACUUUCCAUUGCUGCUGGUGCAGGAUAUCAUGUGGAAAACAAUACUUUUCAAUAUCCUGGGUGUGAUGAGUUAGACUUCCUACUGGAUGAAAUGCAAACUGCCCAUGAUAAAUAUCAGGAGCUCAAAAGCAUUUGCAGCUACAGGGCUCAAGCAUUCCUGGUGCUCACAGGUCUGACAGCUAGUGGAGUCACAGCUGUUUCUCCAGAGGAGAAAACACAACGCUUGGCUUUAAUUAGACAUCACAUGGGGCAAUCCCUGUCAAAAGAAGUUAAACAUGUCCUCACCAAACUUGGAGCAGAUCAUGACUGGGAAAACCUAGAGGAAGACUUGAGAUUGCUCAUUGAUGGGAAUUACGAAGCCACUGUCUCUUCGUUGAAAAUGGAUGAGGUGAGAAAACAAUUGCAAAGUCUCUUCCAUGAAAAGAAACAACCCCAAGAAAUACACAAGAAUAAAAAUAACAAAUCAGAGCUCAUUGAAAAUGGAGCCUUCCUAGAAUUACUCCAGCGUCUAGGCCUAGAACAUUACUACCCAAAAAGGAUGAGCAAAGCUAACUUCAUCUGAUCUACAAGACUUCUGUGUACAUACCCAGCCAGCUCUGAACGUGAGCUUCCUUUCUAUUUCCUGCAGAAGCUAGUGAUGCUGGAUUAUGGGCUGAGAUACCUGGUUAAAGAUGAUGCAAUCACAGAGAAUCAAGUUUCAACAGCCUCAAAUCAGGAAGAUGAGGCUUCUGAUCCAUAUGAAGACUUUUUUGAAGAUCGUGAUAGUUCCACUAAUCCUACCACUAAUCCCAGGCCACAUAUCCACCCUAUGGAUAUUCAGAUGGCAAUUCUUCUCUGUGCAGAUGGUUUUGCCAGACAAUAUAUUUUGACCAAACUUUCUGUUUGUCAGUUUGCUCCCCUUCUCAUACCUAAUCCCUGCAAUUCUCAGAUUGAAUUCUCUCUCUGGUCUCUGAGUCAAAUUAGGAGAAGCUGGCAGCAGGCAAAGAAAUCACCAAAAGAGGAGAAAACCAAUUACAACAAUCAGCAGAUGUGUCGUGUCUCUACCCCCAUUGUGUCGUUUAUUAGAGUUGGAGAUGGCUUCUCUGCUUCCAAAUCUCAGAUCAUGAACUGUCUUCUCAGUAAACGUAAACAUGACGCCUUUUUUCACCGACAUUGCAGAGAGAGCAGCAAAGACUGUCUCUUGAUGGAGGGUGUGGUGGAAGUCUGCUGGUUCUGUCCAGGGGGAGAGGAUGAGGACAGAUUUGACAACUGCUUGACCUUCAUCAAUCUUCACGGAGAUGCAAAGAAACAUAAGAAGCAACUCACCUUCCUGCAGGAGGUCUCUUCUCUCAUUGUGGUCCUCAUGUCAAUUUCUGAUGACAAUAAAGAAAACCAAAAAGUUGUCCGUGACCUGUGGCAGUCAUCAAAACCUUUGAUCUGUUUGCUUGAUGACAAAGAAAGAACCAUGGCCAAUAAUUCUGUCCAAAGAGUAAAAAUUGGGCUCCGGAACAGAAAUGAGGCAGAAUUAACACAGGAGCUCACAACUACAAUCAGACGUUUUCUAGAGCUCUCUGGAGCUGCUCUCAGCUUAGAGGACUGUGCCCAGAUUGCUCGCAAGCAAGGAUUCCUGAUCGAUGAGGACCAGAGAGAUUGCAAGGAAGCCAAAGAAAAGGCAGAGGUUCUAAUGGCCUUGUUAAGAGAAACGAAGAUAUCCCAGAUGAAGGAAAAAUUACUACCCCUUCAAGGAGAACUGUGGCACCGUUGGUGUAAAAAGGACAAAGAAUUCUACCAUCUGAGAGAAAAGGGGACGAGCAUCGAACAACACAAGAAGAUUGAGAGAAAGAAACAAAUUAUACGGCAUCAACAGGUGAAUAGAGCCUUUCCUCUCAAUGCUUUAAUGCUAUCUGUCCUUCAGAUUCUCAAAAACUGUCAGAAACUACACAAACUCUACUUCUUGCAAUGGCUGAGUGUGUUUUUGCACAACCUGACCAUAGGUCACUUGGAAAAACUGAAUGAAAAAAAGUCUUUGUACAAACAGGUACAAACCGAAAAGCAAAAGGCACCAAAGAGCAACAACCUGAAAAGGUGGCAAAAUGAGAUAGAAGCUCUCUCUGCAGAGAUUACUAACUGUACCUUGGGAAUUGAGCAGCUUCUCAGAGAAGUUGGCCAGAUCUAUGAAGCUCUGGAGAAGCUUCCUCCGCCAGAGAUAGCCUUUUUCUCCCUUCCCCAGAUUGCUGCAGAGCUGAUGAUAGCCGGUGUUCCCAUCGAGCUGAUGGAUGGGGAUGCUUCCUAUGUGCCUCUAAAGUGGGUGGCAGCUGUUUUUGACAUGGUCGCAGAGAAACUUGGAGACAAACGGCUCUUCGUUCUCUCUGUCCUGGGCCUGCAGAGCUCAGGAAAGUCCACCCUGCUGAAUGCCCUUUUUGGGCUGCAGUUCACUGUCAGUGCUGGGAGGUGUACUCGGGGGGCCUACAUGCAGCUCCUGAAGGUGGAAGAGACAUUCACGGAGGAACUCGGCUUUGACUUUAUGCUUAUUGUGGACACAGAAGGACUUCGGGCCCCAGAACUCAGCAAUAAAUCCCAAAAUCAUGACAAUGAGUUGGCAUCCUUUGUCAUUGGACUUGGAAACUUGACUCUGAUCAAUAUUUUUGGGGAAAAUCCAUCAGAAAUGCAAGAUAUUCUACAAAUAGCUGUCCAAGCCUUUCUGAGGAUGAAACAAGUAAAAAUCUCCCCAAGUUGCCUCUUUAUCCAUCAGAAUGUGGGGGAAGUUACAGCUAAAGACCAAACAAUGGAAGGACGAAGGCGGCUAGAGCAGAAACUAGAUGAAAUGACAGCAACAGCGGCUGAACAAGAACAGUGCUCAGAUGUAACCCACUUUAGUGAUGUCAUCAAGUUUGAUGCCAGUACUCAUGUCUACUACUUUGCUCAUCUCUGGGAUGGCAAUCCCCCGAUGGCCCCGCACAAUCCUCGCUACAGCCACAAUGUCCAGGAACUGAAAAGUAGAAUUCUUGAGACUGCCAAAGAGGAAUCUAGGGGAAGUAUCAUGAAAGUAUCAGAUGUACAAUUCCGAGUUAAAGAUUUGUGGAGAGCCCUGUUGACUGAGAACUUUAUUUUCAGCUUCAGGAACACCCGAGAAGUCAUGGCCAUGAGCAAAUUGGAAACCAUGUAUAACAACUGGACCUGGGAGCUGAGGAGUCAUGUGCUGAGCUUGCAGAAUAAACUGAUCAACCAGAUUCAGAAUGGAAAAAUCCAGACAUUCAGGACAAGCACAUUCGAGGCUUCAGUUUCAGAAAAAUAUGAAGCCAUCAAGCAAGGUUUCGAGAAAUAUUUUGAAGAAGAUCCAGAUAGUGAAAUACUGGUUCAGUGGAAAGCAAAUUUUGAACAUAAGCUAAUAAUCCUGAAAGAGGCACUUAUUUCAGACAGCCAAAGAAUAGCCAAUGAACUUAUUAGUUUUAAAAAAUGUCAAGAAGAACUAGAUAACCAAAAGUCAGGCUAUGAAAAAGAAUUAUUAGAAAAAAGCCGAAAGUUGGCUCUAACUGUGAAGGACAAAGAACUGAGUGAGGAAGAGCUACGUGAGAAAUUUGAUCAACUUUGGAAAAAAUGGGUCUAUGCUGUGUCCUCAACGCUCCCUCCAAUCACAAAGCCUGACAUAGAUGUGCAUUCUGAAGACAUCCUUUUGAAUCAUUUCAAACAGGAGAAAAACAUGGGGGACAUACUGAAGAGAAGUUCUGGAGAAACAUUUCAAAUCACCUAUGAGAAACAUGUCAAAAUGACCAAGAGAUACUUUGUACUUAAAAGACAAUUAGAGGUCUCUGAUAAAGAAUCCAUAAAGAUGACUACUGACCGCAUUCUUUCAAGAUUCACUGAAACUAUUAAUAACAUUGAGAAGCAACAGCAUGAUUACAACCCUAGUUAUUUCCACGAAAUCCUGAGAAUAAUAGAUGAGGAGGUGAAAUCUGCACCCACUGGGGAAAGAUACACAUUUACGAGUGAUUAUAAAAUUGACUUAUCUUUGCAUUUAUUCCAAAGAGUCAAAGAAAUUAACGAGAUGCAUGAGGCAUUCAAGAGAGCAAAUGAUCCUGUAAACUAUCUGCAAAGCAAAAAAGAUGAUUUCUUCAUGAGUUUUAAGAUCUCUUGUCAAGGAGCAACCUCAAUCAAAACAUUUGUUGAUUUUCUGUGGGAAAAACUCACUCCUGCUAUUUUCACCACCAUAAGGAAAAAAAUGGUCCCUAACAUUGCUGGGGACAUAUGAGCUACCUGCCCCGCAUUCAAUGGAAACAGGGCAAACCUGGAAAAACACAUUCUCAUCUCUCUGGCAGAAGAAGAAAAUUUUGAUAAUUACUGGCAGUACAUUCAUGAUCCAAAAUCAUUUUUUAGGAAUUACAUUAAAAGCCAUAUUGAAAAAUAUUGCUCAGACAUUGGAAGGGAAAAAAUGAAGACUUUCUUAAAUAGAUGUUUAGAUGACAUCAAGAAUGCCAUCCUCUCUGCUAUUCCUGAAUCCACAGCACUAGCUAAAGGUGAAAGCAGCACUGUGUCUGAGUGGUUGGAUUUGUUCUGUGAUUACCUACGGAGUAACUUGAUCUUUCCACGAAAAGACUUGAUAAGCAUUGAACACCAGGAGAUAAAAGAUAUCGACUUUCUCAAAAAAGCCAUGACUGAAGCUCUGGAUCCUGCAAUGAAAAGAGCAGAACAGAACUACUUGAGUAUGUCUGCAGAAGAAAUGGCUUCUGAAAUCGAGGAAAUGCUCUCUAAACAUCUGGGUGGCUGCUGGAAACAGUGUCCCUUCUGUAGAGCAAUUUGUACAAACACAUUACCUGCACAUGACGGAGACCACAGUGUUCCCUUCCACCGUCCUCGGGCUGUCAGUGGAGGGAAAUGGGUUAACACAGACCACUUUUCCAUUGAGUUCUGUACUAGUAAUGUAGCAAGUGAUCUUCUUUUCCUUUUGGGAGAUGAACAGAAAUACCCAUAUAAGAACUAUCGACAGGCAGGAGGAGAGUUUGCCACAUGGAGCAUUACCCCAGACUCCUCCACCCAGCCAUACUGGAAAUGGUUUGUCUGUCACUUCAGAUCAAAACUAGAAGAAAGAUAUCAGCAAAAAUUUAGAGGUAGAGGUGAAAUCCCUGAUGCAUGGACCAAAAUCACAAAGCAGAAUGCGCUUGAUGACCUGAAAAAACAAUAAUAUUCAAUGACCACAAAAGAGCCCCAGUAUCUGAACAAAAAAGUCACAGUACCUGAACAAUCCUAAAAGACCCGCUCCUCACAAUGAGAAUCCUCAUUAUUUCCAUUUUUCAAGCGACACAUCUAAAGACAGAUCUUUAGCAUUUCAAGAGCUGAAGAUUUCCUGUGAAAGGGUUUCAUUUUUCUUUGCCUCAACUCCUUCUGGUUUAAAAACAAAUUACUAAAAACGUACGAACAUAUAAUAAAAUUACAUAGGAUCUACUUAAAAGAACGACUUCAUGUUUUAAACUAUUAUCAGGAAUUUUUCUUGACUUUGAAAUAUUUAAUGUUUUAUAAGUGUCGGAGAAAGUCAUUUUUAUAGAGGGAAAUCAAAAACCAUUUCAGACUGCUACAAAUUUCUAUAUGGAUAUUUCGACCAAUAUGCAGUUCUUAGAUGGAAGGUAUAAGUUGUCCUUAUCUUUUAAGAGCAUUUUUUCACCCUCUGAAAUUGUGCAGGAAAGUUACUAACCCUUGAGUGGAAAGACGCUCAGGGAAAGCUCACGAUUCCCAAGCAGAGUGAUAUUUAAGCGUAUUCCAUUCAGGGAAACCAUAAAAGAGAGACUUGGCCAGGAUAGAGUCUGCGUCAGUUCAGGAAACAUCAAGCAAAUAUGGAAAAUAGAAAUCAAUAAUUGUUUUUCUCAUGUCACCACUACUCUCUUCUACCCUGGCUUUUUGGCAGUUCCCUCUGCAUGUUUAAAAAAGAAAAAAAGGGUUCACAAGAGCUUAGGUAUCCAAAGCCUAGUGCUGUGCACAAGUCUGAGAAGGAGUGGCUUUUGGAGCAAGAUUUGGGACUAGGUAAGAAGGGCCAUUUUAAUCAAGGCCGUGGGCAAAGUCAAAUGUGAUGAAGUCAUUGAUGAUUACAAAAUCUAUUACUCCAAGAAUAAAACAUCAUAACGUAUGUAGUUUUUAGGUUCUGAUAUUUUAAUAAUAGAUCCUAUUUUAUGUAUUACAAUGUAAGGAAAUGCUUAUCAGGCACCCUUGGGAAUUUUCACACUAUUUGAGCCAUAGGCCAUGGUCUGAAUGAAAAUGAAGAGCACUCUGAAGCCAGCCAAGGACCUCAGAGGGGAACGAAAUCAUUGUUCUGCAAACCCACACCUUCCGAAACAACAACUUCUGCUGCUUCUCAAAGCUGAUAAGCUAGAGGAAUUCUAAUACAAAGAAGAAAAGUUCCUCAUUUGGGACGUAAGGGCAUCCAUUGGCUUCCAUAUACAGGCAUGACUCGCUACACCUCCACAGCCUGUGAAACAGACAGUCCAGGGAACAGCAGGCCAAGGAUUUGCAUCUUCAGAGCUGGAGAUAGGAGUGCUGACUCUGCUGGCUUUGUCUCCUCUAAGGGCUUCAAGCAUACUCUCAGUUUCAGGUCAAAUUACCCAGGUCUCCAGGAGAAAUCCUGAAACAGAAAAGUUAUGAAGGAAACUGGUGUUCUUGAACUGUUUUCCUUUUGUUCUCUGGAAAACACUCUCGUUGACAAAUGGAAGGACCUCCUAACAUGAUAAGUUGAAAUGGGAAUAGAACCCCUGCAUAGCAUGGCGCCUGUCUCUCAGAUCACUGUGGCCUUGAAAACUGAAAUGUUCACUUAACCUGUGCUAAUGCUUUUUGUAUUUGUUUAAUGAAUCCAUAAUGGCCUUUAACUAAGAGGUAUCAAAUAUCAUAGAUUAACUUUGAUUUUCAAGCCAAAAUUGUUGUGUGUCAAUAAAAAAGAUCUUUGAUUAAUUUUUCAGUCA